AUGAAGUCUUAUAGAUUUUUAUUUUUAUUGUUAAUAGCAGUUUUGUGUUGGAACUUAGUGUGUGCUAAAUCCGGCUAUGGACCGGGUGAACAGGAUUGGGGUUUCCUCGAUGUACGCCCUGGAGGACAUAUGUUCUAUUGGCUGUAUUAUACAGCAGCAGAUGUUGCCAACUAUACCGAACGUCCCUUGGCGCUGUGGCUACAAGGUGGUCCCGGUGCUUCAUCAACGGGACGUGGUAAUUUUGAAGAAUUUGGCCCCUUAGAUGUGCAUGACAAUGAACGUAAUUGGACCUGGGUAAAAGAUAUGAAUGUUUUAUUUAUUGAUAAUCCAUUGGGUAGUGGUUUUUCCUAUGUCGAUAAUAUUACAUUACUACCAUCAAAAAAUUCUGAAAUUGCCGAAGAUUCACUGGAAUUUAUGAAAUUGUUCUAUGAACGACAUCGAGAAUUUGAAGAUGUUCCAUUGCAUAUUUUCUCACAAAGUUAUGGUGGUAAAAUGGCACCGGAAUUCGCAUUGGAACUUUAUGAAGCUGUACAGCGUGAGGAGAUACGAAGUAAUUUGAAAUCUGUGACCCUGGGAAGUCCAUGGACAUCACCGAUGGAUUCGGUUUUUGCGUGGGCGCCCCUGAUGUUGAAUAUGGGCAUUAUUGACAAAGAUGGCUAUAACAAAAUAAUGGAAGCUGUUGAGAGAAUUUCAGAAUAUAUCGAAAAUGACGAAUGGAAUUUGGCCUACAAGCAAUGGGUGAACACAUCGUACAUAGCCUUAAAUGCUAGUGAAAAUAUAAAUUUCUAUAAUAUUUUGAAAUAUCUACAAGAGGAAGAUGUGAAUUCGGAGGAAACGACGGAUAAUCAGCAAAAUAAUCAAACCCUGUAUUCUCUAAUGAAUGGACCAGUUAAAAAAGCGCUUGGUAUAGAAGAACACAUUAAAUGGGGAUCACAGAAAUCAGAUAUUUUCGUUGAACUUUCAAGUGAUUUUCUGAAGCCUGUUAUAGAUAUUGUUAGUGAACUUCUUAGUAAUACUGAUGUGAAGGUAUCGGUUAUUUCCGGGCAACUGGAUUUGAUUUGUGCCACUGCCGGAGCUGUGAAUUGGAUAGAAAAAUUACAAUGGAGUUAUCGUAAGGAAUAUGUUAGCGCACCGCGUAAUUCCAUUCGCAUUGACAACAAUAUUGAAGGUUAUGAGAAGAGUGGUGGAAAUUUUACCAUGUAUUGGGUAAAUCGUGCCGGCCACAUGAUACCCGCCGAUAAUCCCAACGCCAUGAGUUAUAUUCUUAAACAAAUAACUAACUAUGGAUAA